AUGGACGACUGCCCAGCUAUCUACCUUGGCCUUCAGGUGUUGGCUCAGGGCAAGACUCGGAUGGCCGGCCAGCCUUUGGCUUUGGCCUUCAGGUGUGGCUCUGGUGACGUCACCCUUCGGCUUCUGCCUUUGGGGGUGGCUCGGGUGACUGGCCUCCGUUCGGCUUUUGCCUUUAGGGGAAUUGGCUUGGGUGACUGGCCAACCUUUGGAUUUUGCAUUCGGGCGGUGCCUUCUGUGACUGGCCAGUCUUCAGCUUUGGCCUUGAGAUGGAAGAGUAGAGGCAUGGAGAGCUCAGAGGCCGUGAUGCAGGAAUCCAGAUCAAAAUCAGGUUUGGAGGAGAGCACACCACAAUACGACUAUGUCUGCUUUGAGAAAUGCUCCUGUUACAAGACACCUUUGGAGGCAGGACACGAGGCCAGGGGGACAGGGGACGACCUGCACUACCUUGAGAACUCCCUCAGCUACCCACAGCUUUAUGGCCAAUACACAGACCAGAUAACCAACUUUGAAGAGAAGGAAGUAGUGAAACUACUGAACAAGAAGCAGGCCCAGAAGAACAAUGAAAGACCCCUGAAACGUGAGAGUCAAGUAGAAAUCAAAGAAGUGCACUAUUCCAAAUGCCAAGACUGUGCUAGAUGCAUCCAGAAAUACAUUUCCAAGAAGCUUGGAGAGGACUGGAUUUUCUUGGUUCUGUUGGGUCUGGUCAUGGCAUUGGUGAGCUGGGGAAUGGAUUAUGCCAGUGCGAAGAGCCUACAGGCCUACAAGUGGAUGUACAGAGAGCUGCACCCGAAUGUUCCUAUGCAGUAUCUGGCGUGGGUCACAUACCCACUUGUUGUUAUUCUGUUUGCGGCCAUUUUCUGCCACCUCGUCUCUCCACAGGCUGUUGGGUCUGGGAUCCCAGAACUCAAGACCAUUAUGAGGGGAGUGGUACUCAAGGAAUAUCUCACUCUCAAAGCUUUUGUGGCCAAAGUUGUGGGUCUCACAGCUGGGCUUGGAAGUGGCAUGCCUGUGGGGAAAGAGGGUCCUUUUGUGCAUAUUGCCAGUAUCUGUGCUGCAGUACUCAGCAAGUUCAUGUCGAUCUUCUGUGGUGUGUAUGAGCAGCCAUAUUAUUACACAGAUGUCCUGACUGUGGGUUGCGCUGUUGGUGUCGGCUGCUGCUUUGGGACACCACUUGGAGGAGUCCUUUUCAGCAUUGAGGUCACUUCCACUUACUUUGCUGUGAGCAAUUAUUGGAGAGGUUUCUUUGCAGCUACCUUUAGUGCCUUCAUUUUCCGAGUCCUUGCUGUUUGGAACAAGGAUGCAGUUACCAUCACAGCCCUGUUCAGAACCAACUUUCGCAUGGAUUUCCCCUUUGAUCUGCAAGAGCUGCCAGCAUUUGCUGUGAUAGGGAUAUGUUCUGGGUUUCUUGGAGCAUUUUUUGUUUAUCUCAAUCGCCAAGUGGUCCUAUGUGUCCGGCGUCAUACGGCUCUGAGCCAGUUUCUCACCAAAUACCGCCUUAUAUACCCUGGGGUUAUAACCUUUGUUAUAGCAACUGUGACCUUCCCUCCCGGAUUUGGGCAGUUCAUGGCAGGAGAGUUGAUGCCACGGGAAGCCAUCAGCACUCUCUUUGAUAACAAUACCUGGGUAAAAUACAGAGGGGACCCCCAGGCACUAGGAAAAUCUGCUGCCUGGAUCCAUCCUAAUGUCAGCAUCUUCAUCAUCAUCCUGCUCUUCUUCCUCAUGAAGUUCUGGAUGUCUGCAAUUGCUAUCACGAUGCCAAUACCCUGUGGAGGCUUCAUGCCUGUUUUUGUUAUAGGUGCUGCAUUUGGGCGUCUUAUUGGAGAAAUCAUGGCAUCACUUUUUCCUAAUGGGAUCCUCUUUGAUGGUAUUGUUUAUCAAAUCUUACCUGGAGGAUAUGCUGUCAUAGGUGCAGCGGCUCUGACUGGAGCAGUGAGCCACACCGUUUCCACUGCUGUGAUCUGCUUCGAGCUGACAGGUCAGAUCUCUCACAUCCUCCCCAUGAUGGUGGCUGUCAUUCUUGCCAACAUGGUGGCCCAGAGUCUGCAGCCCAGCCUCUAUGAUAGCAUCAUUCAGGUGAAGAAAUUGCCCUACCUGCCAGACCUGGGCCGGAAUCACAUGAGCAAAUACAAUAUCUUUGUUGAGGACAUUAUGGUCCAAGAUGUGAAAUUUGUCUCCUCCAACUGUAAAUACCGAGACUUGCAAACUCUACUCCAAAAUACCACUGUUAAGACUUUGCCUUUGGUGGACUCACCAGAGACCAUGAUCCUUCUGGGGUCUGUGGAGCGAUCUGAACUGCAGGCUCUCCUUCAGAAACAGAUAAGCCCAGAACGUCGACGGCUCCUCAACAGACAAAUGCAGCAGAAGCUGUCUGAGGCACCCUACGAUGGGCACAGCAAGGGACCGUGGACAGCCCUGCCAAAGCUGAAGCAUGACUCUUUUGCAUACAUUGAUGAGGAUGAGGAUACAGAUGAGAAGGGACAGCUGCCACAGACCCCAAGUCCCACUCCCAGUCACCCAGAGGAGCCCAAUGGCCUGCCAAGUCCUCUUAAAAAAAUAUCUGAAACUUUGGAGCCUGAACAGCCCCCAGGCAAUUUCAGGAGUUUGAGGCAACUGAUACAGCAGCUCUUGUGCCAUUACCACCGUCCACUUGAAAGCGAGAGUGUCGUCCAGGAGCCAGCGGAAGUUGUUGACACAAUGAGACCAGAAGAGAUAGAUGCUUGGGAACAGGAGGAGCUGAACAAGAAUGUCUGCUUUGACAGCUGCCGCAUAGACCCUUCCCCUUUCCAACUGGUGGAGAGAACUUCCCUGCACAAGACACAUACAUUAUUCUCACUGCUGGGCCUCAGCCAUGCCUAUAUAACCAGUAUGGGGAAGCUGAGGGGAGUGUUGGCUUUGGAAGAGCUCCAGAAGGCAAUAGAGGGCUCCACACGCUCUGGGGUUCGCCUUCGGCCACCCCUCGCCAGUUUCCGUGAUACCAACCGGACCUCCAUCAGCAGCAAGAAGGUCAGUGAGGACACACAGGUGUGGAGCGAACAGGACAGCUGCACAGUGGCAGCACAGCAAGCAGCAGACUCUGGCACAGAGAGCCCACCGCCUCCCUGUUCGCCCUCCCCCCAGUGCUCACACUUCCAUGAAGAGGGGAAAGACCUACGCUCCACUUACGGCAUUGAUACUGAGUUGGAAGAGAUGGAGCUGACAGUGCCAGUUGCUGAAAACAUCUCAGACAUCCUCAAGGACAUAAGCUUACACUCCACUGACCUGGAUGAGGAUGAAGAUGAGGAUGUCCUCUUAUAG